CUUGCAUUGAGCUUUCUAUUUAAUUUUCUUGACUCAAUUUGCUUGUGUCCAUCAGUUUAAACCCUUUAUUUUAUUUUUAUUCUUUUGCCAAUGGAAAAGAAUAAUUUUAGUACUACUGUAGUGAUAGUUGGUGCAGGCCCUGCUGGCCUAGCAACAUCUGCAUGCCUCAAUCGUCUCUCCAUCCCUAAUAUUGUGCUAGAAAGAGAGGAUUGCUACGCUUCUCUAUGGAAGAAAAGAGCAUACGACCGUCUCAAAUUGCACCUCGCGAAGCAAUACUGCCAGCUUCCUCACAUGCCAUACCCUCCUGGCACACCAACAUUCGUUCCGAGAACUGACUUCGUUAGCUACUUGGAUAAGUACGUCUCAGAAUUUGAUGUAAACCCCAAGUAUAAUAAGUCAGUUGAGCGUGCAUUUUAUGAUCAAGAGAGUGAGAAUUGGCGAGUUGAAGUGAAUGAUAUCUGUUUGGAUGUUUGUGAAGUUUAUGCUGCCAGGUUUCUUGUUGUUGCAACUGGUGAAAAUAGUGAAGGGUUUGUUCCUGAGAUUCCUGGGUUGGAUGGUUUUGGUGGAAUGUUCAUUCAUUCAAAUAAGUACGUUACUGGCAAACAGUUUAACGGGAAAGAUGUCUUAGUCGUCGGCUGUGGAAAUUCCGGAAUGGAAAUCGCUUAUGACUUAUCCAACUGGGGUGCUAAUACUUCCAUUGUUGCUCGUAGUCCGGUGCAUGUUCUUACCAAGGAGAUGGUAUUUCUAGGGAUGAACUUGUUAAAUUUCCUUCCCUGCGAUUUAGUGGACUCUGUGGCUGUGAUGCUUAGCAAAUUGAAAUAUGGGGACAUUUCCAAUUAUGGACUUCAAAGGCCGACUGAGGGACCAUUUUAUCUUAAAGCAAAAACUGGUCGAUCCCCUACUAUUGAUGUUGGCACCAUGGACAAAAUCAAGAAUGGAGAGAUCAAGGUGAUGCCCUCUGUAACAUGCAUCAAAGGGAACAAAAUUGAGUUUGCAAAUGAGACGAUUAAUCAAUUUGAUGCUAUUAUCUUUGCCACUGGAUACAAAAGUACUGUGAGAUACUGGCUUGAGGGUGACAAAGACCUCUUCAAUGAGAGUGGAAUGCCUAAAGGCAAUUUCCCCAACCAUUGGAAAGGAAAAAGGGGUCUCUAUUGUGCUGGGUUUGCUAGGAGAGGAUUGCUUUGGAUUUCCAUUGAUGCACAGAACAUAGCAAAGGAUAUCGACUUGGUGUUGAAUCAGAAAGAAAUUUGACAAGUUCUUCGUCAUAUAAGUUCAGAGAUGCGCCCUGUGCUAAUCAUAAGUGGUGGUUCUUGGUUAAAGAAAUAGGUUGAAAAGAUAUUGUGGGUUUGUAAUAUCUUUUAGGGGAAACAAUAUAUUAAGCUCUCUUAUUUGGUUUAUCAAUAAGUUAAGCUUUCUAAUUUUGGUUUAUCAAUGUAGAAGUAUGAUUGAGUGUAUCCUAAAUAUAUAUAAAUCUAUUUUUAUUAUUCUGAUAUUGUUAUUUUAAUU